AUGACACCCCGUUCCUCCCCCGCUCCCAAUGCCAAAUCAGAUACCCAAUGGCUCCACGAUCUUGGUUACCCCACUGGUUUCCAGUCCUUCAAACUCGACUACGGCUUCUCAACCGACGACGCACAAGACCAUCUCGAUGCUCUAGCUCUCUUCCACCAAUUCCGCACCGAACAGCAAGAAAUGUGGGAAAAGAGGCACCCCUCAUAUUCACUCUCACACUCAUAUUCAUGUUCGCAUUCACAAUCACAAUCUACAAAAACAGAAAAUAAGCCGAAAACAAAAACUAAUGCAAAAUCGAAAUCGAUUUCAAAACUGGUAAUCGGAGAUCCACACACGUGUACGAGAACGAGUAUGUCUGUUUAUGCCUUUGAAGAAUCUACCGGUGAAGCGGAGGAGAAACGUUUGAAGAUAUGGGAGUAG